CGGAAAUGCUACCACAGCAAAAUAAUAAUAAUAAUAAUUUGGAGGUUCAAAAUCUAUGUAUUUUCCUUUUCAUUCCCCAUUUCUUGUUAUUUCUUUUUGCCUUAGAAGUUCUGCAUAUAGCUCGAUAGGGUUUAAGAAGGGCACUGGCACUGUACCCACCAGCGCCAGCAUUCAGCUCUUCAUUCUCGCUCCCGGCGGUUCCUCCUCCGUCCUGCUCAGGGCCUCUGAUCCUCGCAACUGAGGCAUUCGAAUUCUUUCCCGAUACCCUUUGCCGAGAUCAGAUGUGUACGAAGAGGGCGACGGUCCUGGCAAUCAAUUCUCUCGCCUCUCUUCCCAAGGUACGCUCUUCGCUAACCUCCUCAGAUUCCAUCUGGACGCUGAACCCGUCGAGGCUCAUCAGUUCCGCCGCCGAAAGCUACGAUUUUGGCGCGGCCAAUGGUUUCAACAACGAGUAUAUGCCCGAGUCUGAACAGAACCCAAAUGGGGUUCGCGAGAAAGGCCGGAAUUUUGCUGAUGCUGCUCUGGGGAGCUUAAACCCUAAUGGGAUUCCCGGGAGAGUGGAUGGCUCGAUUGUGCAAAGUAGGAGCUUUAACGAGCACAAUAGGCCGUAUUAUGGUGAAUCUCAGGCGAAUUGGAAUAGGGGAAUGUAUGGGAGUUAUGGGGGUGAAUAUGGGAACAAGCGGGUGGUGGAGAAUACGAACACGGGCAGUUAUGGCAAUGGCUCGGGCGGUUGGGGGCAGAAACCGAUCGAAUCUCAGCAGAAUCGGAGUCUGAAUGCAGGUUAUUACCAGGGUCAGUAUGUAGGACAGUCUCCACAAAAUGUGAAUGUGGACAACUCUUCAGGUACUGUGCAGGGGUUUGAGCGGAAUCCGAAUAUGUUUUAUGGUCAGCGAGGAAAUGCAUCUACUGUCGGAGCUUCUUCUUAUGGAGAGGGAUACACGCAAGUGAGGCCAAACCCGAGUGGAUCCUAUUCCCAAAACCCUUUGAACACACAAAUGAUGGGGCAACAUCAGGAAAAUUUUGGCUUUAAUAUGGGGAUAGGUGGCAGCUUUCAAAACGGUCAACAAACGGUGUCCCCCCAAAAUCCAGGUGUCAGACAGUACCCUCAAAACUUUUCUAUGGGACAGCAUCGGGUGAACUCAGAUGAUAGUAAUGAUUCGAUGGUCACUCCUCAGAUGCCUGGUGAUUCCAGGCCUGGACAAGCAUUGGAUGGAGCUUCUGAAGGUCCAUCUUACAUUGGUUCCCUCGAAGAGUUUGAUGGUUUCUGCAGAGAGGGAAAAGUGAAGGAAGCUGUGGAAAUUUUGAAGUUGUUGGUUAGUAAGUGUGUUGUCAUUGAUUUUCCUCGUUAUGUACAGCUGAUGCACCAGUGUGGUGAAAAUAAAGCUCUAGAAGAAGCAAGAACAGUUCACGAACAUGUCAUGAGAUCAAUGGCCCCUCUCAAUGUCUUCACCUAUAACCGGAUCUUGGAGAUGUAUGGUCGAUGCGGUUCCAUGAACGAUGCAUUUGCCGUGUUCGACAAAAUGUCUGAGCGUAAUUUGUCAACGUGGGACAUCAUGAUCACAUGGCUUGCAAAGAAUGGCCUUGGAGAGGAUGCCAUUGACCUGUUCACUCAAUUCAAAGGAGCAGGGCUUAAACCUGAUGGACAAAUGUUCAUUGCUGUUUUCUCUGCUUGUGCUGCAGUGGGCGAUAUUCAUGAGGGAAUGUUGCAUCUUGAAUCAAUGAGCAAGGAAUAUGGCAUUGUCCCAUCUAUGGAGCACUAUGUAAGUGUGGUAGACAUGUUGGGAAGAACGGGGCAUCUGGAUGAGGCAAUGGAAUUUGUAGAGAAAAUGCCGUUGGAGCCUAGUGUGGGAAUCUGGGAGACCUUAAUGAAUCUUUGUAGAAUUCAUGGGCACACAGAACUUGGUGAUCGCUGCGCUGAGCUUGUUGAGCAGUUAGAUCCCUCACGCUUGAAUGAACAGUCAAGGUCAGGUCAAGUACCAGUGACAGCUUCUGACAUUGCUAAGGAGGAAGAGAAGAAAAAAAUGGCAAAGAAAAAUCUCUUAGAGGCGAGGAGCACGGUCCAUGAAUAUCGAGCAGGUGAUAUGUCUCAUCCCGAGACAGACAGAAUAUACACUCAGCUAAGGGGACUAAGGGGACUUAUGAAAGAGGCUGGUUAUGUUCCGGAGACUCGAUUUGUCUUGCACGAUGUUGACCAAGAAAGCAAGGAGGAUGCCCUUCUAGCUCACAGCGAGAGACUUGCAAUAUCUUAUGGUCUACUCAGCAGUCCAGCCAGAUCAUCUAUCCGGGUCAUUAAGAAUUUACGUGUUUGUGGGGAUUGCCACAACGCGCUGAAGAUUAUGUCGAAGUUAGUGGGCAGAGAGUUCAUCAUGCGAGAUGCCAAGAGGUUUCACCAUAUUAAAGAUGGGGUAUGCUCUUGCCGGGAUUACUGGUAAAGUGAUGAAAGUCUAGAAACGUUAUUAGCUAGUGUCCUUUUUAGUGGAGCCGUGAUGAGUUAUCUCAACCGAUUCUUUUUUGACAACAUAUACAACUAUUGUUAGUUCAGAAAGUUGAGAUCUUCCUUUUGUUUGGCUGGACCUUAGAAAGUUCAGUUCCUCUGGGCAUUUUUGUCACUUGUUCAUUGAUCUCAUAACUCACUGCUGUGUCAAUUGACCUAGAGAUGUGAAAUGAAGAUAAUAUGUUUAUCU